UCAUUCAUUCAUUCUUAAACAGAGGGAAUUACGUACAUUAAACAUGUCUACUGUUGUUCCACUUCCCUCAAACCUUGCAUUCUCUGAUGCAAGCCCUGAAUGGAUGAACAAAGCAGACAAUGCAUGGCAGCUCACAGCUGCAACACUGGUGGGCCUGAUGAGUAUUCCGGGGCUCAUGAUCAUGUACGGCGGAGCAGUGAAGAAGAAAUGGGCAGUGAACUCAGCAUUCAUGGCGCUCUACGCUUUCGCCUGCGUGAUUUUCUGCUGGGUUUUCUGGGGUUACAGAAUGUCUUUUGGUGACAAACUUUUCCCUUUCUUGGGAAAACCUGCAGUUGCACUUGAUGAGAAGUAUCUUUUCAAGCCAGCUUUUUUUGGGAUGUUUCCAAAUGUAACAAUGGUGUACUUUCAGGGUGUGUUUGCUGCAAUCACUGAGAUUUUGCUAGCAGGGGCUGUGUUGGGGCGCAUGAACUUUUAUGCUUGGAUGCUGUUUGUGCCUUUGUGGCUCACUUUCUCAUACACCUUCGUAGCAUUCAGCAUUUGGUGUCCUGCUGGCUUUUUAUCUAAAAUGGGGUUGAUAGAUUACUCAGGUGGAUAUGUCAUCCAUUUGUCUUCAGGGGUUGCUGGAUUCACAGCUGCAUAUUGGGUUGGGCCACGCCUGAACAAGGACAGGGAAAGGUUCCCACCAAACAACAUCCUUCUUAUGCUAGCAGGAGCAGGGUUGCUUUGGAUGGGAUGGACAGGGUUCAAUGGAGGAGACCCUUACACAGUGAGCAUGGAUGCUUCAUUGGCUGUCUUAAACACACAUGCUUGCACUGCUACCAGCUUGCUUACUUGGGUCAUCCUUGAUGUCAUCUUUUUCAGAAAGCCUUCUGUAAUUGGAGCUGUUCAAGGCAUGAUCACUGGUUUGGUUUGCAUCACCCCUGCUGCAGGGGUUGUUCAAGGAUGGGCAGCACUUAUAAUGGGGGUUUUCUCUGGUUCAAUUCCAUGGUUUACCAUGAUGGUAAUCCACAAGAGAUCAAAGCUUCUACAGAAGGUGGAUGAUACAAUGGCAGUGUUGCACACUCAUGCCAUUGCAGGAAGUCUUGGAGGAAUCCUCACUGGACUCUUUGCGGAGCCAAGACUUAACUACUUGUUCUUUGGUACUUAUAAUAAAUACGUUGGUCUAUUAUAUGGCAUCCAAAUGAACAUGUUUGGUACAGGGUUAAGGCAAUUAGGAGUCCAACUCUUUGGUAUCUUGUUUGUUGUGGUUGUCAAUGUUAUAAGCACGAGUUUGAUAUGUCUCUUGGUUCAACUUUUCGUUCCAUUAAGAAUGUCUGAAGAGGAUAUGGAGAUUGGUGAUGAGGCUGCUCAUGGGGAAGAAGCUUAUGCAAUCUGGGGUCAGGGUGAUAAGCUUGAAAAUUCAAGUUCAAAGUAUGGAAGUUCAUUGUAUGAAGAUCUUGAAGCUCCUGGGGCCACCAAGAACAAGCGUGGUGGUGGCCAGCUCGAGAUGACCUCAAACUAAAAUCUACUAAUAUUGAUGUCUUGGUCAUGGACUUCUUUUCAGAAAAUAAAAGCUUAAGUGAUGCUAAUAUUGUUAUUUGGAUCCUGAUGUUCGUUCUUCACAACAAAUGAAUAAAAUCAGUUAUGCAAUUAAAUG